AGCCUCAUUCAUAUCAAUUCAAAGGCGCAAGUGCUAUGGAGCCGGUAGAUAAUGCUAAUGAAGGACAAAAGACCUCCACUACAAAGCUUGACUGGACAAAAGAACUCCACUACAAAUUCCUGGAUGUGGUCAAUAUUCUAGGCGGCAUUAGGGGUAAAGAUACCGUACCAAAUACUAUUUUGGAACUCAUGAAUGAGCCCGGAUUAACGAGGGCACAAGUUGCUAGCCAUUUGCAGAAAUGUCGAGAAAACAAGGGAAAUGGAUGGCAACGGAGAAACAAACUUGUGAGACAUAAUGAGCAGUAUGAGAACCUUAUCCAACAAAGUUAUCAACUAGAUGCUUCAUCAUCCUAUAGUAGCAACGAUGGUGUAUUCUCGUCUGAUCCAGAUGAAUCAAUGUUUUAUUCCAUGCAAAAUGAACCGUGCUGGACAUGCCAUGCAAUGCAAUGGGGAAUCAUAACAGCUCAUCAUAUCAUUCAUACUCACCACAAGUCGGACAACAACAAUUUACAGUGCAAUUUUUCUCAGAGACUGAUAUUUAUUCUAAUCUUGAACCAAUUAUGGAAUUACCGACUUUCAACCACGACAACAUUAUUGAACAAGAUUGUUCGGGUGGCAAUCAUAUGGUAGAUUUCUUUAAUAAUUUUGACAGUCAAGUUAAUAUUGAUCAAUGUUCUCCUACAUAUUCAGGUAAGUUUUUAUCGAUAUGAGUGGGAGUAGUACGAUGAUGAGGUUAAGCAUGGAGAGUGAGAGAAGCGUAAAAGUUAUUGUGGUUGAGGAUGACUAUGAUUCUGACCCCACGUGUGUACACAUGCUUAGGAAAUUGAACUUUCAAGUUGAGGUGGUGAAGCAUCCUAAAGAUGCUUUUGACACUCUAGUACGUACUAGGGGAGAAUUUGAUGUUGUUAUUUCAGAUGUGAACAUGCCUGACAUCAACAGAUUUCAACAAAUGAUUGCUCAACAAUUUGGGCUUCCUGUACUUUUGAUAUGUGAUGAGAAGCAAGAGGGUACUUUUGGGCAGAAAAUGCAGAAUUUCCUUAGGAAACCCGUGUCGGCUUACGAACUGAAAGAUCUAUGGCAGAUUAUUACAGCUCAUCAGAAGAAUUGCAAACUCUCAAUUGGUAUGGAGCUGGCGGAGACGGGUCCAAUUAUUUGUGAUAAUAAUCAUAAGAGCAAGUUCAAUUGGACCACUGAACGACAUUUCAAAUUCAUGGAUGCCAUCCAGAUUCUAGGCGGCCUUGAGAAUAAGAAUGCUGUGCCAAAUAAGAUUUUGAGGGUCAUGAAUGAGCCGGGGUUAACGAGAGAACAUGUUUCUAGCCAUUUACAGAAAUAUCGAAAAUUCAAGAUAUCAGGAUCAAAAAGGAUGAACAAACUUGCUAGAAAUGAUAAGGUGUACCAUACCCAACAAUCUCAACAAGAUGUUUCAUCAUCCUAUAGUAGCCACCAUGCUUCAUCCAAAGGUUGCCACCUUGGUUUAUCUUCGUUUGAGCAGGAUGAGCAAAUGCAAAACCUAACAGUGUCUUUUUUUGCUAAGAAUGAGAAUGAAAACUUACGAGUUGAGGGCGGAAAACAACAAUCAUUGGUGUCGCCUGUUUUAGAGAACAACAUUAUUUAUCAAGAAACUACUGUCCAAAUGCAAAUUGCCAAUAAUUAUGCAUAUGAUGACAACACGGCUAGACAAGAUAAUUCAUAUGGCAUUGGCUAUCACUGGAUAGAUUUUGCUAAUGAUGAUUUUUACAAUCAACUUACCAUUAACCAAUGUCUUCCCAACCAGCAACAAGUGAAUGGAGAUACUUCAUUUGGAUGGCCACAACACCAAACAUUUCAAGAAAAUUUCAACCAGGGCAGCUCAGGCCAUAGUUGCUUGCUAGUUAAAUGCUUGUGCUUUUCUGUUUGUGUUUUCAAUGUUACAACAUUCCUGCUGAUAAGUUGUGGGGCUGUUCUAGUUAACGAAAGAAAUGUUCCUGAUGGUGCUGAACAAACCUUUGUCAUAUCACAAAAUGUUCCGGAUACUCUGAAGGAGGAUUUGGCUUGGGGAUCAUACGUUCUGUUGCGCAAUACAAACACAAUAUCAGUGCUUAUCUCAACUCAAGAUGCGCUGUGUGUGCGAGGCUAUUGGACAACUCCUCAAGAUGUAUCAAAAGCUGAUGUAUGUGAUUGGUUUGAGAAACAGAUUCAGAAACUUGGUCUAUUCAAUUUGGAGGACACACUCUAUUUUCCUCAAGCUACAGAUUCUCAAUUCAAGGAGCUACUUCCAAAGGGGACUCGCUCUCUCCUUGUACAGCCGCUGUUGCAGUCUCCUGAUCCAAGUUACAAGGACACGCCAAAGAAUGAGGGUUUUGUCCUGGUGGCUUCCGGCAACAGUUAUGCAUAUGAUAAUAAAGACAGAGCUUGGAUCGGAGCAGUUGCAGGCAAAUUUAGAGGUAACUACAUUUUUUUCAGAUUUGAUCUUGCCUUAAGUGCCAUAUUAUUUGGCCCUCUAAAGAGGGCUACCCAAUGUUUGAUAAGGUUCAAAGGGAAUCGAGAAGAGUCUGGAGUGAAAGCUAUCCAGAGUGAAGCCCUCCACUCAUCCGGUGCCGACCUAGUAGAAGAAAGGGGCUACUUGGUGCUUGAUAAGGUCCGAAGUGAAGUCAUUCAAAGGGAAACCUAG